AUGGCCACAACCGGUGAUUCCGCUGCCGAGGUUGGCGAAUUACGCCACAGACAGGUAACGGCGAAUGAACAUGUAAACAGUGACAGUGACGAUGGCAGUGAAGACGUCGUGACAUCUUCUAAACCUAGGAAGACCUAUGGCCGUACCAAGGAUGGAACAAUCUUCACGGUUCCUACUACUCAUGAUAUGGUGUCGCAAUUGCUCGACCCUAGGGAACCUAAGAAUAUAUCGGAUGCAAUUGUCCUUGCUGUUCUUGCCGGCCACAUCUUGACCUUGUAUCUGCUCCCGGACUCCCUGAGGCGGCCCGUGUUCGCCGUUGUCUUUUUGUUUUGGCGUGCCUGUUACAACCUUGGCAUCGGCAUCCUUCUACGCUUGCAGUCAAACGAUAACAAACUUGUAGCGUGGGCUCAGAAAUGGAAGCUCUUCGAAAACCCGGCAACCGGCAAGAACCCACGGCCAUGGCUGUACAAGAUUCUCAAGCGCGAGCUAGAGAUCAAGAUCCCCGAGGACUACCAGUUUGAGAAAGCUCCAAUCGAGUACAACACUUGGCUAGUCUUCAGACGACUUGUGGAUCUCAUUCUCAUGUGUGAUUUCGUCUCAUAUUGCCUAUUUGCUAUCGCUUGUGCCCACGUUCCUCCUGGAGAAUCUAUCUACGUUACCAUUGGUCGAUGGUUCUUUGGAUGGCUCACUAUAGGAUUCAACGUAUGGGUCAAACUCGAUGCCCAUCGAGUUGUGAAAGAUUAUGCCUGGUACUGGGGCGAUUUCUUUUACUUGAUCGACCAGGAGUUGACCUUCGAUGGUGUAUUCGAGAUGGCUCCGCACCCAAUGUACUCAAUUGGGUAUGCAGGAUACUAUGGUAUUUCAGCGCUUGCCGCUAGCUACUCUGUCCUCUUCAUCUCCAUCGUAGCUCAUGCUGCCCAACUCGCCUUCUUGGUCUUCAUCGAGGAUCCUCACAUUCAGAAGACGUAUAACCCUCCUACUCGCAAGAGGGAGGUACCCACCAGACCCCGAAUUCAUAAUUUGUUGGGUAUCAAAAACUUCGACCUACUAAGGACCGUCGAUUAUUCUACCUUUGUAAAUCUCAGUCUUAUCGCUCUUUUCGCUAUCACCACGCCUCAGACGCCGUUGUACCAAUCCAUAUUCUUCUCGCUCGCACUCUUGGUUCGACUCUGGUACUCCGUUGGAUUGGGUGUGAUCCUGACCCGGCAGUCUAACAGUAAAGCAUGGACUCGCCACUUUUUGAAGGUUGGAGAGACUCCAGAGGAGGGUUGGCGACAGUGGAAGGGGUACUAUCACAUUACUCUUAGUCUGUGUUACGCUACCUUCAUCGCUGCCUGCUGGAAGAUGUACUCAGCUCCGGUCGACUGGAACUACGGGUUCGUCCUGCUCAGGCAUGUCAUCGGUGCUAGCCUCAUCGCUCUUCAAAUCUGGACCGCUGUGAGCAUUUAUGAUUCUCUCGGCGAGUUUGGUUGGUUCUUUGGUGACUUUUUCUUCGACCAAGGCGCGAAACUUACGUAUACUUCGAUCUAUCGUUACUUAAACAAUCCGGAGAGAGUGCUCGGCACCGCUGGCUUAUGGGGUGCGGCUAUCAUCACAUGGAGCAAAUCUAUACUCGCUCUCGCAUUAAUUAGCCACCUUCUUACUCUUGGAUUUAUUCACUUCGUCGAGAAACCACACAUGCAAAAGAUUUAUGGCCGCGAACUAAGACGUGAAGCUGGCUUGACGAAAUUCAUCAAGCGUUCUCUGCCUCCGCCUGUUAUGGGAUGGCAGUCGAGCGUCAAUAAGGUCAUGGAUGAGACGUCACACUUUGUGGAAGACUUUUUAGAUACCGCGCGCCCGAAGUUAGCUUCAGGCGUCUCGACGAUCGUGAGAGAUACUACGGCGCUCUUCAAUAAAUAUCCUGCCCGUCUCACCUUGACGAAGCUUUCGCCUGAUCUCGCAGGUUUUGACCCUAAGCAAUAUUCUAUCAACGUGGAAGGUGAGGCAUCAGGAUUCUCCGCUCUGUCGGAACGAGCUAGUGGCAAGGAGGGCACCGCGGGACGAUUCCCUAACGAGUUAAAGACGAUGAUUUUCGAAUACGGCGCCCCGAUUAAAGUCAAGUGGAGAGCACCGGCGAACCACGGUAGAAAGGAUUGGAUUGGUCUCUAUAUGGUAGCCGACAAUCGGUCCCGUGAGAUCACCGAACUCUCAUCCCUUGGACGAUGGAUACCUACCGUGCCUGGCCAAUUCGAAUCUACUACGGCGGAUAGGGGUAUUCUAACAUGGGACCAACCCGUUGAAGACGCCGGUAACAACGACGGCAACCUAGUAAGCGGCGAGAUGGUCUUCUCAGGAGAUAAGCUAUGGUGGACGCAGGGUGUCUUCGAAUUCCGUUACCACCACGACGGAAACCACAAUGUCAUGUCCAUCUCGCAACCCUUCGAAAUUCACGUCAACCACUUCGACUACAAUGACGUGGACGCGGAUAUCGAGGGCUCGGUCCAGCAGGCCAUCGAGUCGGCGCUCCUGCCCGUGGUUCAGAACUGCCUCGACCGUGACCCAGAUAUCGCGCCCAGUACCCCCGCGGAGCCGUUCGGAAGCCACGUGGAGAGGGAUGGCAAGUAUGCUAAGAGAUUGGUGUAUGCCAUCCACCAGAUGUUCGGUAUCGAGUUCGCACCGGCGGUGGUGCCUGCUGAUGGAAAUGUGAGGAAUCUUGCUUGGAGGAUAUGCAAUGCGAAGCAAGUAUUGGCUCCUUACAGUAUGUCCUGCUCGAAGGGAACGACGACGCCUGGGGCUGAGAAAUAGGAGGGGUACCUUGGGUAAUUAUAAACAUUGGGGAAUUGGGGAGCAUAUACAGGCAUAUAUACACACAUACCUACAUACCUUGUAGCAGUAUCCCGUGCAUCAAGUAAUCGAGUAAUCAUAAAUAUCAGCGGGGACGGAGUUAGCGGGAUUGAGUGUUUGGUGUUGGUGUGUUAGCGGUUUAGAAAACGAUUCGUGGGUAGAGUUUUUUGGUUGGUGAAUGAAUGAAUAAAUAAAUAUAAAUACUCAACCUAAGGUACUUGUUUUGCGUCUGAUGAAAGAAAUGGUGCUUGAAUUAUGGUAAUGUUUACUUAGGUACUUAUAUGUAGCAGGC